UCUCAGUGCCCUCCCCAGUCUCCUCCUGCACCUCCCCCCUUCUCUCACUUAUCCAAUAUCACACACAAUAAAAAAAAAAAAAAACCGAAAGGAAAAAGACAAAAAGAAGUAGCUUCAUUCAUUUAUCUGGAAACAUUAAAGGAUGGAACUCCUUAAGUGAGUCACUUAAACAAUCUCUGGAUUUUGUGGCUGAAGCGAAAAAGAAAAAAAGAGAAAAGGGAAUCACGAAAAGAAGUGUCGGGGCCGAGCAUGGGGGAUCCUGACACUGGCUCAGGUGCGAAUGGAGCGAAGAGGGAACUUGUCCAGAGCAUCUUUCCACAGAAAAAGACCUUAUUUCAUUCCUGGUUUCAGCUCCUGGUUCUGUUUUGUGUUUUGGCCUUAGGCUUGUGUUACACCCUGUCCAGCAGCUCACUGUCAUUAUGGCAGAACUUCCCACUGCAGGAACACUACCAGUGGUUUUUAAACCAAAGCAGUAGGGUUAAUGCACCUGCUUAUCGCAUUCAUCCCAAACACAAAGUUAUAUUAAACAAAACCACUGAACCUUCGACUGUGCGAUCUACCUCCCUUCAGUACCAUCAAGCCUAUCCACGCAACUACCAUUUUCUUAUGGAUAACACAGAGGUUUGCAAGGACAAGAUCCCAUUCCUGGUCCUCAUGGUUCCAGUGGCACCAAAAAAUGUGGCAGCUCGGGACGCGAUCCGGCAGACAUGGGGCAAAGAAAACACAGUUCAGGGUGAGCUGGUACUCACUUUAUUUAUGUUGGGUGUCUCUAGAGAAGAUGAUGUUGAGAAGCUCAAACAGGAAAAUUUGAAGCACCAUGACCUGAUCCAGAGUGACUUCAUAGACAGUUAUCUAAACCUAACAAUCAAAACAAUGGUGAUCAUGGACUGGCUAAGUACACACUGUCCUGCAGCAGCCUAUGCCAUGAAGAUUGACUCUGACAUGUUUCUGAAUGUUGACAAUCUAGUAAUCAUGCUAAAACAGCCGGGCAUCCCCAAGACAAACUACCUGACAGGGAUGCUUAUGUGGAACAGACCAGUCGUUCGUUCCAAGAACUCCAAGUGGUAUGUGCCUGAGGAAAUGUAUCCAGAGUCUGAAUACCCGACCUACACGCUGGGUAUGGGAUAUGUCUUUUCCAAUGAUCUUCCAGAGAAAUUUGUGGAAAUCUCAAAAUCAAUCAAACCCUUUAACAUUGAGGAUGCUUAUAUUGGGAUGUGCAUGAAAAAGCUUGGACUUGCCCCCACGGCACCACCAAAACCCUCGCAGUUCAAGGCCUAUAACUCUGCAUAUAAUCGCUGUGAAUUCUCCCAGGUCAUCACAUACAUUCUUGGUUCUUCUAAACAGCUGCUGGAUUAUUGGACAGACCUGAAAAAGCCUGGGCCACCUUGUCCUUAACACCUUAACUUUAAACUAGAGUUUUAAUGUAUUUAUAGAUUGUUAUACACUACUGAAGUUAUUUAUUUUUUUUAAAUGUGAUUUAGGGUUACUUGUUUGGAAAGGUGAAGGUGAACAAUUGCUUGAUGUGUAAGGUUUUAUAGGUUUACCAGGUCUGAUCAGGGUGCACUUUUACAUGUGUGAUUAUUAUGUGAGAAUGCUGAGGUUACUUAAAUGUGUUUACAAAUAAUACAGCUGGGGUUAAACUUUAAAUUGACUGCUAGUGAAAGUAUAAAUAUUUUAAAAGAUUAUAAGGUUUAUUUUAC